AACAAGGCUUGGAAGAAAAGACAGCUAACAAAAUAUAUACUGCUGCUGCUGCUGCUCCGGUGAAGUUCCAAAGCGCCGAUUCUCAUCAAAAUCCUUUCGUGCCCGGACAUUUUGUUUACUUUCUCGAGAUCCGUAUCCAGAUCUUUCAUCAGUAUACAACAUGUCUCGAAGAUAUGACAGCCGUACGACAAUCUUCUCCCCAGAAGGCCGUCUUUACCAAGUUGAGUAUGCAAUGGAGGCAAUUGGCAAUGCUGGGAGUGCCAUAGGCAUUCUAUCCAAAGAUGGGGUUGUUUUGGUUGGUGAGAAAAAAGUGACUUCGAAGCUUCUACAGACUUCUGCUGCCACUGAGAAAAUGUACAAGAUCGAUGACCAUGUCGCUUGUGCUGUGGCUGGAAUUAUGUCUGAUGCCAACAUUCUCAUCAACACAGCCAGAGUCCAAGCCCAGCGCUACACUUUUUCUUAUCAAGAGCCAAUGCCGGUUGAACAGUUGGUUCAGUCUUUGUGCGACACCAAGCAAGGCUACACUCAGUUUGGUGGGCUCCGUCCAUUUGGUGUUUCUUUUCUCUUUGCAGGUUGGGAUAAAAACUAUGGCUUUCAGCUCUACAUGAGUGACCCUAGUGGAAACUACAGUGGUUGGAAGGCUGCAGCUAUUGGAGCAAAUAAUCAAGCCGCUCAGUCGAUGCUUAAGCAAGACUACAAGGAUGAAAUCACGAGGAAAGAGGCUGUUCAGUUGGCAAUCAAGGUGCUUAGUAAGACAAUGGAUAGCACAAGUCUCACCUCAGAGAAGCUUGAGUUGGCUGAGGUCUUCGUGUCUAAUGGUAAAGUUAAGUACCAGGUUUGCUCGCCAGAGGCGUUGGCUAAGCUGUUACUCGAUUCGGGAGUUACUCAACCUGCUGCAGAGACUUCUUAAGCCUGCAUUUUGGUCUACCAGACUUGUUUUGCUGCAUUUCAAAGUUGUUAGUUUAUUAAAUACUUGAUGCCAAUGUUGUUGAAUUCUAUCUGUGAUGCUGUUGACGAUUUAAAGUUUCUUUCUUCAUUUCCCGUAUUUUCUGCACCCCUUAUGUUUAUGUAAUGACUGAUUUUAUUACCUUGCAAAGAGGGCAGGAAACGUUUUCAGU